GUACCUAUUUCUACUCAAUCUGGAACUAUUUACAACCCGCCUCCUUCCCACCACUCCAAAAUCGUCACUAAACAUCCGAUGGUGAAUCCUCCUGGAAUGAUGCCUCCGGCGGUACCUGCGAAGCCGUUGAAGCAGAAAUUGUCAGAGAGUUCAACUUCUAUCAACGGUGCCGGAGCUUCUCCUCCAUCCUCCGCUGUAGGCAUGUCCUCACCACCACCACUGUUACCGUCUCAACUCAAACAACAGAAUUCGGCAUUCGAAGCAGCGCGAAAGCUGAUUUCAAAAGAUUUGGUUGUUGGACAACCAGGGCAGGUGUCUUCGAAGCUGACAAAGUCUGUGAUAGUCACCUCCGGUUCCGAGGGUGUAGCGGCAAGCAGACCCAUGAGUAGUGUCACAGCUGAUGAAACUAGUGAUGAAGUCAUAACUCCACUAAGUCAUGUAACGAAAACUCGAGCUCGCCCUCCAGGAAAACGACCUGCCAGCAUGAUGCUGAUAAAGAAGAAAGGGUCAAUGGAUAAUCUUCUCGAGAGUCCAUCUAAACCAGUAGCUAGUGAACUACCUGAAAAAAGUUCUUUCACGAGCACCAUAGGAACGACACUGUCAUCACCUCAUUCAUCUUUUUCGACAAAUCGCGAAGUUCAUGCUAUGUCUCCAGCUUCGAUUACUCCCCCAGUGAAAGCGGUACCCUUGCGACCUCCUCCUGUAGAAACUAAAUUGGAGGAGAAAAAAGAACACGUGUCCAGUAAGCAGUAG